AGCCAUUUGGGCUCAAGUCACGCUCGGCUUGCGCAUUCUACGCUGCACCACACAUACACGCACUGACCUACGAGCUCAAAUCGGUCUUCUAGUCUUCUGAUCUGCAGGAUGGUAGCAGACCGGCAGGUCGAGACCAUGCUCCUGGUGGUGUUCGUCGCCAGUAUGCCCAUCGCAGCAUCGCUCAAGACGCAGACCUUCACCAACACCUCGCAGGCGGCUGGCUCAGGAGCGCCGUGCACGUUGGCCGACACCUCUGGCUGCCAGGACAAAGACGUCAUCUUGUACAACCCGGUGACGAACGGAGACGGGAGCGUCCAGGGGUUGGUACUCACUUUCUGGAGCGGGCAGUGGGGCACGGUUUGCGACGAUGUCACGGACUGCGACGCGCCCGGCGGAGGGACCAGUCCAUGCUCCAACGGCUACGUCAACGUCGCCGGAGGUCAGCAGCUGGCGGCGGUCGUGUGCCGGGAGCUCGGCCUGGACGCGAGCGGAGCCCAGGAGUACAAUGCGGAUGGGAGUAGUUCAGGGUACCCGAUCCACGUUGACGGCACGAGCAACCACAUCAGCGGCUGCGCGGGCACGGAGGCGGCCCUUGCAGACUGCGCGUGGCUCCUCUACGGCUCCCACAACUGCGGGCAUGAAGAGGACGUGGGCGUUAUCUGCCAGCCUGCCGGCCCAACGAGCAGCCCGACGCCUUCGCCAACGCCUGCUCCAACGGUGGCGCCAACGAAUUCGGCUUCUGCCACUGGCGACCCCCACCUGACGAACGUUCACGGCCAGAAGUUCGACUUGAUGAAGCCGGGCAAGCACGUUCUGAUAAACAUCCCCCGUGGAGAGCCCGCGGAGAACGCCUUCUUGCGCGUGCAGGCCCUUGCUCAGCGAUUGGGUGACAAGUGCGGGGAGAUGUACUUCCAAGAGGUAAACGUUACAGGGUCUUGGGCAGAGGCAACACAAGCGGGAGGGUAUCAUUACAGCAUCUCGCAAAGCGCCGCUAAGACUCCAGAGUGGGUCGCUUUUGGCGAGGUGGAGUUGAAAGUGGUUCAAGGACGUACGCACGCUGGCAUGAAGUAUUUCAACGUAUACGUGAAGCGCUUGGGGCGAGCGGGGUUUGUUGUGGGAGGUCUACUAGGGGAAGACGAUCACACAGAUGCAACACAGGCCCCAGCGUCAUGCCACAGGCAAGUUACUUUAGAUGGGAAUGCGGACGACCAGGAUUCGUUGAGCAUCACCUGGCCGUCCGCGUCGUCAAGCUUCGCGUCAUUUGCAUCUGCAAGCUUGGAGUGAGCAUGCAUUCGAUCUGCGAUACCACGCGAUGCUUUUUAUGUUUCUGUUCUUCGACGCACAGGAAGCACCGGCAUCGCAGCUAUCCUCCAUCCUGGAAUCUCCUCUCACUCCUCGCUCCUCUUCUCUGCCCCAUCCUCGCCCAUCUUCCAUUCAGGGAAACAGCAUGCGUGUGCGGCCCGAUCUGGCCGCGCGUCCUGUUUUCCCUCGUUCUGGCACGAGUGGCCCUAGACUGUCCUUUCUAGCCACCGUGCACGCCGUAAAAAAACGCAGCAUGUCUUGAUUCAUCCGAAUUUGAACCCCGGGCGGGCAGCAUCCAAGCCACCUCGAUUAUUAAGUCAAAAGACCAGUGGAGCACGAGCGUCAACACAGCUUGGUUCGAGCUCCGAACAUGACGGACAGAUGUGUCAGAGGUCAAGUUGCUUGUAGCUCUUGUAUGCGGUAGUCCAAGCUACUUGCUGUCACGCGGAAGUGCCUGCGCAAUGGGGCACACGCCUUCCCUGCAAGCGCAUCGCGCGUGGGCCCCUGCCUCCUCGCCUUCGGAACGCAAUCGCCGCGAGCGCCCGCGUGCUUUCGAGGAUGAGG